UCUCCUCGGGCUGGCAGGGGCCGGCUCCGGACGUGCACAGAGUAGAGAAAACAUGCUAAUUGCCUGCGGGGGGACCAAACUUAGAGAUGAAGACAGAACGAAGCAGCCACACAAGAGAUCUGAUCUCCCCGGCCCUCCUUCACAUUGUCUGUCUCCUUGCUACCCAAGCAGGUGUAGUGGACGUUGUGAACGUUAGCAGCCACGUCCAGCAUAUCCACGGCACGUAUGGAAAGUCGGCCCUGUUGUCGAUCCGCUACGCCAGCGCGAGCAGCGAUAAACCGGUGGUGAAGUGGCAGGUGAAGAGGGAAAAGAUGGUCACCGUGGUGCAGUCCAUCGGCACGGAGAUCAUCGGAAGUCUCCGCACGGACUACAAGGAUCGGAUAAAAGUCUUUGAGAACGGCUCCCUGCUGAUCAGUAACCUGGUCCUGUCGGACGAGGGCACGUACGAGGUGGAGGUCUCCAUCACGGACGACACGUUUACCGGCGAGCAAUCCAUCAAUCUCACCGUGGACAUCCCGAUCUCGAAACCCCACGUAUCUGUCACCUCGUCGUCUGUUCUGGAGCUGACAGAUAAUUUCACGCUGACCUGUGUCCACGAGAACGGUACCAAGCCCACCUAUGUCUGGAUGAAGGGGAACCGACCUCUAAGCAACGACUCCCGGAUUCUUCUGUCCCCAGACCACAGAGUCCUGACGAUCAGCAGAGUUGUGAUGUCACACGAUGACAUAUACAGCUGCAUGGCAGAGAAUCCGAUCAGCAGCAGGCGCAGCCCCCCUAUUAAAAUUACCGUGUACCGAAGAAGCUCGCUGUACAUUAUCCUUUCCACUGGGGGAAUAUUCCUUCUGGCUACCCUGGUAACGGUCUGCGCAUGUUGGAAGCCGUCCCGGAAAAAGAAACAGAGGCUGGAAAAACAAGGUUCCUGUGAAUAUGUAGAACAGACGGACGUCCCUGUGAAACGCGAAGUUGAAAUAAUAUCAAGGACAGAGGAGCUGGAAUGUAGGAAUCCGGUCGCUUUAUACAUCCUGAAAGAUAAGGAAUCCCCUGAAGAUGAAGAUUCCCCGACCGAGUCCAGGACAGCAUCUGACUAUGGCUGCCACCCCAGCCCGGGACCCCCGCCUAGGCCCACCAGCCGUUUCUCUCGCAGACACCACACCACAAGGUCAGCUCUCAGCAGCAGAGACAAGGGGUUACCGGCCAUUUCUCCAGAGAGGGGCUCCGGGUCCAGAAGCAUGGGCCGCUCUGCCUGCGGGGAAAACAUUACCCAGGAGCAGGAGGAAGGUGGCAGUUCUGCCAGUAACACCUAAAGCAUGCGCUGACUUUGCUCUGCUGGUCCCGUGGGAGUGUCGCUUCUAUUAGCGAGGCCUAGGCUUAGUGUAUAAAGCUUUCUGAUAUAAAUAUAAGCUUCCUGAUAUAAA